CAACACGUGUAUCAAGACAUCUCGGAACUGCAUGCCAAAGCCCCGUGGAAGCUGGAACGACAUACAAACCCGUACAUAUGGAACCCAUACCCCUUCCUUCCAUUGCGCCCUCACUGUGUCCAGACUCAGGCCAACAGCUACUUGAAAUAACGAAUUGCGACAUCACAAAUGCACAACUGGGCCGAGGCCAGUGAAUCUGGGGUUCUCUAUCUUGUCAACGAUCAUCGAGGGAAAAGAUUGGUUCGUCGACCUCGACCUCCACCGACUUCGCCACCACUCGACGAAGACUUCGAUGCUGUCACGCAGGAGUGCACCACUCGAGGUCCAGAGACCGAGUGGGGCACGAGAGUUAGAGAUUCCUGGGUGCCCACGUCCCCUCCUCUCGACGAGGACUUUGAUGCAGUGACAUAUACGGUUGUUACUGGCGCGCCACAGGCUGACGUGGAGACGGACUACUAUGAAGAGAAGCCUCGGACAGAGACCGCCCCUAGUGUCUCCGAGUGCAAACUCCACCGUCGCGACCGCAGCAUCGCGAGUAUCAGCCAGCGACCGACGUGGGGAUAUGAAGAGUUUGGGAUGGAGGACCGUGACUAUGAGUACAAGCAGCACAGACGCGACAUGUCUAGGUCACUGGGGUCGAAAAAAGCCCUCGAAUCUGGCGUUGGUAGGCUGGCGCUAGAGAGGCUUAAUGGAAGCUCGAUGAGGCUGAGGAGGGUCAGCGAGUCUGUGCUAGAGCACGGAAAGGCUAGAAGGAUGAAUGGAAGUACAGGCAGGAGAGCACCAAGGACUGGGCCUAAGGCUGGACAGGAGUUCGACGUCGUACAUGACCAGAUUCUUGAAGACGGGCCGGAGAGAACUGUGACGAUCUCGACAUGGCGCGAGAGAGUUGCAAAGGAGGCGAAAUAUGAAGAUAUGAGCGUCUAUUAUAUGACGCAGGGCGACUACGAAAUGCAAGAGACAAAGGAGAGCCCUCCAUCCAGAGGUCCAAACUCGAAGGGGAAAAACCAGGAGACACCUGCGAGCCAUUGGUUAUCACACGAGAAUGUCAACGGCAUACACAGUCGCGCCUCACCCAUUCAAUAUGUCGUUGCUUCCGACGGGCAACGGUCUUUUUCACCGGCAUCUAAAUCUCGAGCCCCUCCUCGUGACCGUGCCUCACCCAAGGGGUUUCGUUCCGGGGCAUCACCAAGUCCACGAGGUUCAACGUCGCAGGCUCGACGGACGACAGUUGAGGGGACUUCGAGUUCACAUACCCCACUGCGUACAUCCACCCCGAACAAAAGUCUGCAAUCACCAACACCCUUUAUACCGACUCGUUCAGGAUCAACGAUAAGUAGCAUACGAUCAAUAGCUACGACCACUUUCCAGGAGGUUUUGUCAUCUUGUGAACCAUCCUUACUGCACGUUGCGCCAGCGCUUGUGAGUCUGGGAAUAAAGAGCGUGGAGCAUUUGCGCGCCGUUGGGCGACUUACGGAGGAGGUCAGGGAUAGAGAGGUAAGAGAUGGAGCGUUGAAGAAAGGGCUAACCGUUAUGGAAUGGGCAAUAUUAUUAGAUAAAUUGCGGUCCCUCUGACUUUUGGCCCAGGUCUCUCUGGAACCAACGGAUGGUGUAUAUGCAUGUUCGAAUUUAUGUAAAUGAUCUGUAAAAUG